GUGUGAUGUGGAUGCAGAGUGUGUGAGUCGUGAGCCAGCCGAGCGAGCGUGUGUGUGCGCCGUAGGAAUCCGCGCGACCGGCUCUCGAGGCGUUUAAAAUCGGAGAGACGCCGGCAGAGCGACUGGGGUGCAGGCUGCCCGCCACGCUGACACCGCCGAGACCGACGCUCCCUCUCCCGGACUGACAGGCCAAUCGCAGGCCACCGCUCGCCCUCCCUCCAUCCUCAGCACUCUCUCUCUCUCGCUCUCUCUCUCUAUCUCUAUCUCUUUCUCUCUCACACUCCCUCCUCCUCCUCCUCCUCCUCCUCUCCUCUUUCUCUCGGGUUCUCAUUCCUUUGCGUUCAAUCCGUGCAUCCCCUCCUCCUCCUCCUCCUCCUCCUCCUCCACCUCCACCUCCUCCUCCUCCUCACACCUUUUGGUCAGAAGAGGAAGAGGAAGCCCAGCCCAGGGAGAGACGCUGAGAGGAUGAAACUCUGACACGCCGACAGACCACAGGGAAACAAGAGCACAACUAUAAUUGCUAGAAGGAAAGCGCCCAGGAAGGUCAGCCAAGUAUCCCGCCGUAGGUGCCAAAGUGAAAUCUACAGGACUACAAUUACUCGGACAGACUGAGGCAGCGGAGCAAAGUGAAUGACAGACACUGACUGGUUACAGUGACGUCUCUGACUUCAGCCUCAGCUGCAGCAACAAGUGACUCUUCCCUCCUCCCCCGACACCUUCCGACCUCUGACCUCCAGCCUCCCAUAGGUUGUAUCUGACGGAGGGACCGGUGCCGCGCUCCCAUCCCCACGCUCCUUCAACAACAACACUGCUGGUAAACGAUCUCCCCCAAGAGGAUUGUGGGUAAAAGUCAGUCUUGAUCAAAAAGGUUCAUCAGCACCUGUGGCAGCCGCAGCGAGUCCAGUGACCUAGCUUCAGCCCGACCGGCUUUACCUGUACAUGGAGACCCCCAGCUGGGCAGGAAACACGUUGUGUAAGUCAGGAAGCAUUGCUGUCUUCGGGAACGUGGUGUACAGCGGACUGCUGAACGAUCACCUCUGGCAUUUGGGAGUGCCCCUCUUUACAAGACUGGGUAACCAAGAGGCCACCAACCCCCCAGAAGCGAUGGCCCAGCCGUACACCCCAGCCCAGUACCCUCCUCCCCCACAGAAUGGCAUCCCCGCAGAGUUUGCGGCACCGCACCCGCUCCCGACACAGGACUACACCGGGCAGAGCCGGGUUCCUGAGCACGCCAUGACCCUCUACACGCCCACACAGACGCACAGCGAGCCGGCCGGCACUGACAACAGCACGCCCGCCAUCACCGCCACCACGACCGCACCGGUCAGUGUCCUUCAUCACCUGCAAACACUGUUCUCAACACGCUGUCAGCAAACAGAUGAUGUGACGCAAACAGAGGGCUCUCAGCAGCUCCAGCUCCAGCACUCAGACUCUUCAGAGAAGCAGCAGCCCAAAAGGUUACAUGUCUCCAACAUUCCCUUCCGCUUCCGGGACCCUGACCUAAGGCAAAUGUUUGGGCAAUUUGGAAAGAUUUUAGAUGUGGAGAUUAUCUUUAAUGAGCGAGGAUCCAAGGGCUUUGGGUUUGUAACUUUUGAAACAAGCACAGAUGCUGAUCGUGCACGGGAGAAACUAAACGGUACAAUCGUAGAGGGACGCAAAAUAGAGGUGAACAACGCAACAGCACGAGUGAUGACAAACAAGAAAGUGGCCAACCCUUACACGAACGGCUGGAAGCUGAAUCCAGUGGUGGGAGCCGUCUACGGUCCUGAACUGUACGCCGUCACAGGGUUUCCCUACCCUGCCACAGGCGCUACGGUGGCCUAUAGGGGUGCCCACUUGCGAGGUCGAGGGCGGGCCGUGUACAACACGUUCCGCACAGCUCCACCACCACCACCAAUCCCAGCUUAUGGAGCGGUGGUGUACCAAGAUGGCUUCUAUGGUGCAGAGAUCUAUGGCGGCUAUGCAGCAUACAGAUUUGCCCAGCCCACCACCACCGCUGCUUACAGUGACAGCUAUGGCAGAGUCUAUGCAACAGCAGACCCCUACCACCACACGAUUGGCCCUGCUGCCACAUACAGUGUGGGGACUAUGGCUAGCCUUUACAGAGGAGGGUACAGUCGCUUCACUCCCUACUAAAAGAAAAGAAAAAAAGCGAGAAAAGACAGAGACAUUUCCCCCAACAAACAAACAAACAGACAAAC